CUAUACUUACUGCAGGGUCACGCGUCACGCAUUGCAAUGUUAGUAUAGAGGCAACACUCAAACAGAAAGGACGCCUAGCGCCUGGACUCUUAAGCCGGUUUGAAUGAAAAUUUAACCGUGGUAUCAUGUUACUCAAGAUCGUGUCCUGCCCAACGUUGUGUUACCUAGCCGCAGCUGGAUCACUCGUCGUGCUUCUGGUUUUACUGGCGGUGUACCUUUACGCCCGACACACGAUGGGAAUCUGCAAAAGCAAGAAAAGAAUGGACGGGAAGACUGUAAUAAUUACUGGAUGCACGUCUGGUAUUGGAAGGGAGACUGCGAGAGAUAUAGCGAAAAGAGGCGCGAGACUAAUCAUGGCGUGCCGAAAUUUGGAAAUGGCGGACAAAUUGAAAGAGGAGCUAACAAAAGAGUCCGGAAACGAGAAUAUCGUCGCUCGAAAACUCGACCUGUCCUCGUUCUCCUCGGUGAGGGAGUUCGCCCGGCAGAUAAAUCACGAGGAGAACAGAUUGGACGUGCUGAUCCACAACGCUGGUACCGCGCAACUGUUCAAGAAGAUGGUCACCGAGGACGGAGUGGAGAUGACCAUGGCGACCAAUCAAUACGGCCCGUUUUUGCUCACGCAUCUUUUGAUCGAUUUGUUGAAACGGUCGAAGCCAAGUCGAAUAAUCAUCGUCGCGUCCGAGCUGUACGUUUUCGCAAGAUUGAACCUGGACAACGUGAAUCCAACCACGACCAUGCCCGGCUACUUGUACUACGUUUCCAAAUACGCCAACAUCGUGUUCAGUUUGGAGUUGGCAAGACGGCUCGAAGGUUCCGGGGUCACUGUCAAUUGCCUCCAUCCCGGUUUGAUAAGCACAGGUAUAUGGAAAGCGGUUCCGCCUCCGUUUUCGUGGAUGCUGAACAAUCUGCUCAACGUUUUGUCGAAAACGGUCGAGCAAGGGGCUCAAACGACCAUACACCUUGCCGUCUCGGACGAGGUUGACGGGAUAUCGGGCAAAUACUUUAUGGAUUGCAAAGAGCGCGAACUGUAUUGCGGCGUCAAGGAUCCGGCACAGGCUAAGAAAUUUUGGGAGCUGAACGAGGCCAUGGUGAAACUCCAAUCGACGGAUCCGAAAAUUUAG